CACCCACGCUCCGACGCUACUGACGCGCUUGUCGUAAAGGUCCCUGUUCCCAACCCUGCCGCGUCUUGCCAUCUAUACCUAAUUCCUGCCCUGUCCGCCUCAGUCAACAAGAGCCCCUCACCUUCCACCUCACCUCACCUCACCUCAUCCCGCCGCGCAGAGCUCCAGUGUCCAAAUUAUCGUCCCUAUCAUCGAACACAGUCAGGAUCGCCUACCGCGAUGAGGAAGGCGGCUGAUACAAAGACACGACGGGCCUCGCCCCCGUCGGCGUCGUACAUGUCCAAUGACCAAUUUGCAAGUUAUCUCUCUGACCUCCGCGCCAACCGCACGACACGGCCUGGAGGAGCACGGCCGUUGCCGUCCCAGCUUAGCCGUGCCAGCACGGGGCGCUAUAGCCUGGGUGCAUCCGUCCAAGAUGCUGCCGGUAUCAACGAGACCAGCCACCAACGCACACCUUCGCAGGCCCCGAGCGUUGCCGGUGCCAGCAUACGUUCCCGUCUCUCCACGUCAAGCGGCCUUGAUUACUACCCGACGACACCAACCGUCCCGCUGAAGCCGUCCGACGUAGUGCCCACGAGAACAUACAUGGAACGUGGCCAGAGAUGGAUGGAAAAGGAGGAGGCCGUUUCUCUGCGAGAUGCCAUGGAAGAGCUGGAUAUCCGCAGCGGUGCACAGGACGGUGCUGGCUCCGGCUCCGGCUCUGACGAUGAGACAAGAAUCUACAACGCCGCUCUCGAUGAAGCUGCCGAGCUCGUCUGGCAGCACCAGAAUGGGGUCGUCCCACGACCUCCCGACGGGCCAUAUCGCUAUAGGCCGCAUCUUAGAAAGGACAGCUAUGCGCAUGCCCGUACGGCCAGCAUCGGUGCAAAUUCAGACGACAUCGCCCCCAGUGGCCUCCGCCGGGAUGUGGGCUCGCGUUCAGUCUCUGGCAGCUCCACUGGUAGCGACGGCUCCUUGCACGCGCCCCGCCAUUCCCUCGACUCAAACCGGUCCUCAGGCAACAGAAAGCAGAAGCCUUACGGGAGCAUUGGUGCCCACAAUCGCCGCACGAGUCUUAAGAGGAACAUAAGUGGCGAAGUGGAGCGGCCCUUCUCGGGUGACCAGAUCUGGGAGGAACCUGAGGCAUCAGGUGGCUGCGAUGUUGUUGCGAACGGCCGAGCGUCGCCAAACAAGCUGAGCCAGAUGCCCCCGAAUCCUGUCAGCUACUCACAAUUUCUCCCAUCCCGGGACGCGGCCGGGCAGGUCAAGCCGCUCAAUCAAGUCGACAUAUACCGAAACCCCCCAUCACAGUCUCGAAACCCUCAAUACACGAGAAAUACCCCUUCGCCGGGGCCCGGACCGUCUCCCGACCCCUCGGUGCCCCGCAAGAACGGCAUGGAAGUCCGCGGUGAUGACAUCCGCGCGGCCACCAGUAGGCGUCUCAAGGAUCGCAGCUCCAAGCUCCCGGAGCCGACCGCCGUCAGCGACAGUCCGGGGCGGCCCAUUGUAAGCUUUGAUGCGAACUGGAAAGCCCCGGAGGAGUCCGCUGAUAACAAAACAGCCCAAGCCUCAACAGGCGAGACCCAAGGCCGUGCCGGUAGGCCUAUGGGUAUCCCUACUAUCGCUGUGGAAGAGGAAGCUCCGCGCUCACAGCAAGCGGCAUGGCCGAGCGUUCCGUCAAUCGCUGUAGCGGGCCCCGAUGAUGGACCCAGUAUCUCUGUGCCAUCGAUCAACGUUCCCAGCAUUGCUGUGGAUGAACCGAGCAGUGUCCCGGUAAUUGUGACACCAGAUGACAAGCCAGAGGGAAACAAGACACGUCCGCUGCCUCAGCCAAGAGCUGCUGGGCCGAGGGCCCGCGGCCUUCAGCGACCUCGCGGACAUUGGUCGCCAGCACCGGGUGCAAUGGCCCGUUCAACAGCGGCGUGUCACGAGUGUGGGUUUCCGAUCGAGGGGCGGUUCGUGGCACUCGCGGGGUCGAAGGAGCGUUUCCACCCCCAGUGCUUCAGCUGCUUUAUGUGUGGCACGGGCCUCGAGGCCAUGGAGAUCAGCCACGAGCCCGAGCACCUCCGUAUGGAGAGGCUGGAGAGGAUCCGUCGCCGCGCGGCGGGGGAGCGGUUGGAGGAAACGCCGGGGAUGACGGAAGUGGAGGACGGGGACGAGCGGCUGCGCUUCUACUGCCACCUCGACUGGCACGAGCUCUUCGCGCCGCGGUGCAAGCACUGCAAGACGCCCAUCAUCGGCGAGCACAUUGUCGCCCUCGGGGAGCACUGGCACUAUGGGCACUUUUUCUGCGCCGAGUGCGGUGAUCCCUUCGAGCACGGCAUGACGCACAUCGAGAAGGACGGCUACGCCUGGUGCAUCAACUGCCAGACCAAGCGCACGGAGCGGCGAGCUCCCAAGUGCAAGAAGUGCAAGGUGGCCGUCAUCGGGCAGUACAUCCAGGCGCUGGGCGGGGAGUGGCACGAGCACUGCUUCCGGUGCGCCGAGUGCCAGGGGGGGUUCGACGACGGGCAGAUAUUCCCCAAGGAGGUGCGCGGGAGGAUGGUGGUGCUCUGCACAACGUGUCGCACGCGGGAACUCAAGGCAUGAUUGCAUGUGUUACUUGACUUAUGGGACCAGGAUCACGUUUGGCGUCGUCUUUUUUGAUUUUUGCUCUUUGUAUAUGUAGCAUGUUGGGUUACGGUCUGCAUAUACGAUGAAUGGUAUCACGAUUUGCUCGGUCG